AUGUUUCCACUCACUCCAUCUUCACCUUCCCCAUCCAUGACCUUCCUCGCACCCGCCCUCCCCUUUCUAAAGUGGAAGGGCACUUUCCAACAAUACAAGUACCUCGCAACAAUACCACAAGAGUGCUCCCCGCCCAUCAUGACCACCAGCUACCUCGCCACCAGUCUCAACUUCGGCAACCCGCCCUUCUCGCGUCUUAAUGAGCUCAAGAAUUGGCUUAAGGGCUACAUCACCACUCCGGACUUCUUCACAAAAGAGCCCCGCCACGCUCUUGAUGAUCUCCACGCCGCUCUGUUGGCCGUCGCCAAAGAGAUUGGCAUGAAGCUGGACCCGGAGCUUGAGGCAACUAUUCACACUGCAGGCGAUGAAUCGCACAGCAUCCAGUGUGACGAGGACUCGUUCUGGACCACUCGGGUGCUGGAUGUGCAUAAGCUGUGCACCACAGGACUGAUCGGCAUCAAGACUUUGAGUCGCGAGAGAGUCAUCGCCCUCCUCCUCAUCGCCCGCGACGAAGUCCAAUGGGUCGCCAACGAAAUCCGACGCCUCGACGUCCAUUGCAAGAACGCAGCCGACCUGAAAGGCUGCAAGAACCGAGAGAGCUUCAGCUACUACCCUUCGCCACGAAAGGAGCUGGCAGCAGACCUGAAGAACCUCAAGGGCUCAGGCGUCAUGGUACGACUUGAUGGCAAGGCAGUCGAUGUCGAUGAUAUGGACGAGCUCCUGGAUGGUAGCGAGAUUAAGGAUGAGGAUAUGAUCGAUGCUGAGAAGGAGAUUGAGGAGGAGAGGAGAGAUAGCAAGGAUAUUGUGGGGAAUGUGAAGAGGGAGAACUUGGAUUAUUUGGAGCUUUGA